AUGUCGACUACCACAGCAGCACACGACCCCACCGCGCAGGGUGCGCACUCCAAGGGCCACCAGCACACGCCUCAGGAAAAGAUCGAGACGCUGCUCGACAUCACCAAGACCGUCGGUACUGGUAUGCUGACCACGCGCAGUCCCGACGGCAAGCUGGCGUCGCGCGCCAUGGCGCCUGCCACCACCGAGGGCCUCGUCUUCUCGUUCUACAUGAACACCGACUCGGGCAAGACGGACGAUGUUGAGACCGACCCGCAGGUCAACGUGUCGUACUACGACCCCAAGACCACCGACUGGGUCUCCAUCUCCGGUCGGGCUGUGCUCAACCGCGACCAGGCAAAGAUCAAGAAGCACUGGUCCAGCUCCCUCAAGGCGUGGUUCGACGACAAGAAGGACGGAAAGCACACGGGCGACCACAGUGACCCCCGUGUGGUGAUGCUCGAUGUCCAGCCAGAGGAGAUCAGGAUCUUCAAGGCGGACGGAAAGUUGUCCGCCCUGGCUCAGACCGCAAAGGCGGCCAUUAGCGGUCAUGCGGCUAGCCCCGGUAAGCUGCUCAUCCUUACCAGCCAGGAGAUCCAGCUCGCCGCGGGUGUGUACAAGCCCCACCACUAA